AAGGGAGGGCUACGGCCAGGCAAGAGGGAGGGGCGCGGGCGGCCCUGACUUCGAGGACCCUCGGCCCCGCCCUUCCCUCACGCCGCGCAGGUAUAUAAGGCAGUGCCCCGUCUUCUCCGCCAGACAGCUCCUCUCCGGUGGGUCAACAUGAACUCUCUGACUGUGCUCUCCCUGGCGGCGGCGGUGGUCUGCAGCACCGGCCACCUGGUUAACUAUGCGGGGCUGUACGGCUACCCGGGAAUUUUUGGUGCCUACCCCGGCCUGCUGGCCCACAAUUAUUUGGGUGCCGCGCCCUACCUGACUGCCGGUCCAGUCACCCUGAAGGCUGCCCCCAAUGUUCCUCUAACCUACAGUGUGGCCCCUGUGGCUCCCCUGUCCCCUGUGGCCGCCGUGGCCCCCGUGGCCCCCGUAGCUCCGGUCCAGUCCAAGUACCACGCCCAGGACGAGCUGGGCCAGUACUCCUUCGGCUACGCCGGCGGCCCCGCCUCCCGCGCCGAGACCCGCGACGCCUAUGGAGUAGUGCGCGGCUCCUACAACUACGUGGACCCUGAGGGCAAGCUGCAGACCCAGCACUACGUGGCCGACGCCCUGGGCUUCCGCGUGGCCGGCACCAACCUGCCAGUGGCCCCUGCAGCUCCCGAGGCACCCGGCCUUGUCGGACCCGAGCCCGUCCAGGACACCCCUGAGGUCGUCGCCGCCAAGGCUGCCUUCAGGAUGGCUUAUGAUGAGGCCGCCGCCGCCGCCGAAGCUGCUCCGGACACCCGCUAACAGAGCACAGCUGACGGCACUGUAGAGCAUCUCGGACAGACAUGUUUAUAAUAAGUGUUGGAGAAAAGUGCUUAUUUUCUUCCAUCAGAUUAUUUGCCAAGACCGCUCGCUUGGCUUUAAACAGAUAUGGUCCGAGUGUUGACGCCGCCGCUCCUCUGUACAUCUGUACAUACUAAACACUCUAACUCUUCCUUCAUCUUUAUCUGAUUGUACACUGAAAGAUAGGUUUCCAUAUUAAAAUGAUAUAUUUCUUA